AUGAAGCUGUUUCUCGCCAUCACCACACUCUUUGCUGCAUCCGCUACUGCAAAAUACACCCCUGGUCAAGACUGCCGCACCAACAAAGGUUGCGAUGCUAAUUGUCUAGGAGGCAAAUGGAGCGUCGUGAUGGAGGCAGGUGGUGUGCGGAUGGUUUGCGAUCCUAGCACUCUUGAUUCGACUCGUUAUGUUGAAGCCCGUUGUACUGGUGUUGACUUACCAGACACGGUCGCCGAAAAGCGAAAGGCUGUUUGCGACAAUAUGAAAGGAAAACUUUGCGAACGCGCUUGCUUUUUGACAACUCCAGCAUCAAAGGAGGAGGAUUUGACCGCCCGCUUCCAGCAGGCGUGCAGUGAUCAGAAAGGCUCGGAUAAAUCACCAUACUUGGCAUUUGUCGAUGUGUAUCCUACCAAGGAACAGGCUGUGAAGUGGAGUGAUGGCAAAUGUGAUGUCUCUGUCUUUUCCUAG